CUUUGUCGUGCAUGACCAUGAACGCCAUUCAGGACGAUAUUCCAACGUUGUCUCUUCUAUUUUCAGAUAAGAGUAUCGUUAUAAAUGCAGAACCAAUUGCAUAUGCUUGUCCUCAUGAGUCCUCAUCAUCUAAAUAUUCCGACACCAAACUCCCCACUUUGUCUCUCUUUGCUUCUAAACCCACAACAUUGUCUCUCUUUCCAGAUUUUUCAGAAAACCUAGCUACUGCUUCAAAACACUACUACUUUGUAAAUAAUCCUCUUCCGCCUUCUACUGAUCUCUGUCUUUCUCUACUAGGUACAAUACCCGAAACCUCCAAUUCUAAUUCCCCAAAUAUCAUUAGUCAAGAUUCUUGUGCCCCCAAAAGGUCGUUCCAUGAAUCUAAUAUCGCUACUCCUGUUUCAAAAAGAAAAGGACAAGAUCAGAAACGGCGUUUAAUUGCGGCGGAGGAGGAAGAGCACUGGAUAAUUAAGAAGUUGACAAAGAGUGACGUGAAUGGAUCGUCAAGGCUUUUGUUGCCGAGACAAGAAGUGAAAACUUACGUUAUACCUUUCUUGGAUGAACAAAAAGCUACAGAUUGCCAAAAGUUAAGUGGAACUGAUGUUUAUGUCUGGGAUUUGGAUACACAAUCAGAGUAUUCUUUGACGCUCAAGAAAUGGGCAACCCAUAGUUUUCAACUCAUCAGAAACUGGACCCCCAACUUUGUGAAGAGAAGGAAUUUAAAACAAGAUGAUGUGAUUGCGCUUCGUUGGGAUCGAAACAAUUCAAGAUUUUGCUUCCGCGUUCCAAGUAGGCAUGAUCAACUGGAUAAUGAAUCAUAG